GCUCAGGGCUCACACAUCGGGUCUGCGGGGAUCAGAUGACGUCGGGGUGCAAACAGUGAACCCCCAGAGCCAAGGGCAUUUUCGUCAGCCGAGGCCAGCUCGGCCGCGGCCCGCCCCAGAGCAGCCGGGGACACCCACCCCUCCAGAGGUUCUGCCGCGCGUGCAGCAGAAGCCAGUCACUGCAAACGCGCCCUGCUCGCCCAGAGGCGAAGGCCACGACGUCGCUGUGCCAAUGCGCGGCGGCCGGCCUGAGGACGAGUGAGGGCCGCACGCGGGUCCUCUGGCGGGAGCUGGGCGCUCCGCUUCCCUGCGCUGUGCAACCGGAGGCCGGCCGCCGCAGCACAGCACACACGCCCCGGGGGGUGGGGGUGACCUGGCCCCUGGGAGGGACACUGUCCCGGGCCCGGCGGGCGCACACACUGGGCCUCAGCACGUCCGAGUGUCCAGGCAGGUGGCCCGGGUUUGCCACUGAAGUUGCCGACUUCAGAAACCAGCCACGCGACGCCGCGGCCGAAGUCCCAGGCGGCAGUGAGGUCCCGCUGGUCCCAGAGUGGCCCGGGGGUGCCCCCAGGCCCCCGGAAGGGGGCGCUUAAGUAACUUUGAUGUGACAGGUAAACUCAGCAGAAACAGCAGCGGUGGUCACAGCCUUCCCGUCAGUUUUACACCAAUGAAACCGAAAACCUGCUUCGCGCGGCCUAUGACCAGCAGUGUCCAGUGAGAAGGCCCAGGCUGUGUCAGCGCGCGGGAGGGCGGGCGCAGACUCCCAGGCAGCCAGGCGCCCAGCGCUGUCCGCCCCACCUCAGCGCCGGGUUCUCAAGAGCAGUCGCCGCUCCUCACGGGACUUCUGAGCCCCAAAGGGAAAGGCCGUGCACACCAGGGCCGCUCCCCAGACACCCCGAGGCGCGCCCCGAAGGCGUCCGGGACACAGGAGCCGACUGGGCAGCACAGAGCCGCCUGCCUGCACGGCCUGGGAGGCGAGGGCCCUCCGGGAAGGUGCUCGCAGCACGCGGCGGGAGCGCAGGGCGGGGAGCUCAGAGCCGCGGGCAGCCCAAGUCUCCUCGGGAAAGCGGGCUCCCGGCGUGGGGACCUGCUUCACCCCCUCUGCCCCCGAGAGCCCCGCCGCGGUGCUCUGAGCAAGCUUGCCAACGGGACAGAGGUGCGGCUGCCCGGCGAUGGGGCCCCCAGAGGGCCGCGGAAGCCCAGAGCGCCGCAGGCCAAGCGAGGGGCCGCGGGAUGCCCCCUCCGUGCGGGAAGCGGCCACCGUCCAGCAGCAAGUGCGCCUCCCGGACGGGCCUCUGCGCCGCGCUCAGAUCUCCGGGAACCCCGAGUCAGGGUGCUGGCCACCCCCAGGCGUGCCUGCGGGUCGCCGGGGACGGAGUGUGGCUGUGAAACCCGGCUGCUGGGGGGACGGCGCUGGCGGGCAGCACCGCCUGGCGCCCCGCCCCCUGUGGACGCGGAGACACUCAAGUGGCUCCAGCUGGACAGGCUGCCGCGCUGACUGGCAGCCCCCAAAGGCGGACCCCGCAACCCCCAGCCGCACCCAGGUCCGGAGGGCCGCAGGCCACAAGCACACGCCGCGAGCCACAGCCCCCGGCACCCGGCCAGGAGACCCAAGCGCCACGUCCUGGAGGACCCCCAACACUGGCAAGGAGGCAGGCGGGAGCGGCCGAGGGCCGGGGAGGCCGUCGCCUGGAAACCAGGCCCGUGCCGCCUUUGGCCCCCAGAAGGCGCAGCCAGCCACCGAGGCCAACCUGCCCGUGGGUGCCGGCCACGGCCUACACGCAACGUCCAUGGGCGAGACAAUGGCCAGACCGUCCUGGGCGAGGCCCCUGAAUGUCUUCAGAGCCCCGGCACACAGAGCCCCCCCACCUGGGAUACGGGGGCUUCCUUUUCAGGGAGUCCCGGCUUUGAGAGGUCGGAAACAGGCGACAGGACUCGCAGUGGCCAGCGCACACGGACGGGGCUGUGGGGCGACAACACGCGGGGCCGGCCGAGGACACUUGGGACACGCCAUGCCUGGCUGA